AUGUCUUGCAGAAGCUUGAAUAUGCUACUAAACCCAUUCUCUAGCCGGAGCUCCCGCACCACAACACCUGUCUCCUCCUACAAGGCACAAUGCCCUAAAGUCGCGCCUCCGUCGAUUCAAUCUGAUGGCCAGAGCCGGAGACAUCUAUUGUUUCUUAUGACGGCAACAACGGCAAUUACGGCAAUGGAGAUGCCGUCGAUGGCGGAGGACAUAGGGCUAUUUGGAUUGAGGAAGAAGCUGAAGAAGGCAGAGGAAGAAGCGGUGGAGAUCGUGAAGGAAGGAAUUGAGUCAGCUGAGAAAGGAGUCGAAGCGGCGGAGAGACAGAUCGAGGCGGCGGAGAUGGAGAUUGAGACGGAGGUCCGUUUCGGAGGUGGUUUGACGCAGGCGGGAGUGGUUGCUGGUGCGGAGGUUGUUGGGAUUUUGAUUCACAGGAACUGUUGAUAAGAAAGCUCAUUAUCAAACCUAUUUCAGAUUUUGUGACAUGUAUCCUAAAAUGGGCAAAUGCAAUGGUGAAACCAAGAAUUUUGAUAUGUGGUACAAAUAUUGUCAAUAUAUUAUAUAUAGUUAUCCACUAUCGGGUAUUAAUAACAUUUAUAAUCUAUUUAGUUGGGGGUACAAUAACAUAAAACAUGUUAACAAA